AUGGCUGCAGCCCGCGCUAUGCUCGACGAAGAGCACUCCAAAUAUCCACUGCAAGGCAACGACACGAACUCUUACGUCCUGGGGAGCAUCCGGAAUCACAAUGUGGUCAUAGCCUGCUUGCCGGAUGCUCAAUACGGCCUGAAUAAUGCCGCGAGCGUGCUGAGUAACAUGAGAAGGACGUUCCCUAACAUCGAAAUUGGAUUGAUGGUAGGCAUUGGUGGCGGAGUGCCGUUCAAAGCUGAUAUAAGACUCGGAGAUAUUGUGGUGGGUGUCAGGGUCAUGCAGUAUGACAUUGGGAAAACUGUUAAGGACGGAUUCCAACGGACAGGAGAUCCCAAGAUACCUGACUCUGCCAUCCGAACAGUCAUCUCAAAUCUAAGAUCUCGACAUGAGCUCAAUGGAACCCGAGUUCCUUCGAUAUUGCGGGAGAAGAUGGAUAGCCACAUCGCUUAUUCCCGCCCAAGCGAGCCAGAUCGCCUCUUUCUUGCAUCAUAUUAUCAUAGCGAUCCUGAUCUACCAUGUGACCGAUGUGACUCAUCCAAGCUGGAGACAAGAAAGCUGCGAUUAUCCACUGAUCCGGCCAUUUACUAUGGCGGUAUUGGCUCGGCCAAUACAGUCAUGAAAGACUCAAGAAAUCGUGAUGAGAUCGCGCGAGAGCUGGAUGUGCUUUGCUUUGAGAUGGAGGCUGCUGGGUUGAUGGAUAUCAUGCCUUGUCUGCCUAUUCGAGGCAUUUGCGACUAUUCGGACUCUCACAAGUCGAAAGGUUGGCAGCGGUAUGCUGCGGCGACUGCUGCGGCCUAUGCAUAUGAGUUUUUGGAGGUUUGGAGAGGGGAUUCACAAAAAUCAUAUAUUGGAUGCACCCAAGCACAAAAUGAAUCUCAUGUGACAUCCAUGCGCCACCAGGAGAUACUGAACUCCUUAGACUUCGAACAAAUUGAUGCUCGAAAGCUGAUUAUCAAAGCUGCGCACUCAAAGACCUGCCGUUGGUUCCUCAAGCACCGUGACUACCUUUCGUGGUUAGACCAUCAGCAGACAUUGGAACAUCAUGGUUUCCUAUGGAUCAGAGGAAAACCUGGAGCUGGAAAGUCCACUAUUAUGAAGUUCAUCUACCUGGAGUCGAAGAAAAAGGACCGUAAGCGUCAGACCCUUACUGCCUCAUUCUUCUUCAACGCCCGUGGAGAGAUAUUGGAAAAGACUGUCUCAGGAAUGUACCGAUCACUACUCUUGCAACUAUUCCGAGGAUUCCCAGACCUCGAAUGCGUCUUAGAUGAUCCAGAGCUUCUGCCUCGAAAUCAAAGUGGUUGCCCACCUUUGAAUGCUCUGAAAGACCUCCUCCGUGCUGCCGUUGCUAAGCUCGGCCAACGAUCGUUCAGAUGCUUCAUCGAUGCCCUCGAUGAAUGCGACGAGCAGCAAGUCAUGGAUCUGGUCGAAUACUUCGAAGAUUUAGCGGAGCAAUGCACAGAAGAUAAUGUCGAUCUUCGUAUUUGUUUUUCCAGCCGUCACUACCCCUACAUCGAUAUCAAAUUUGGCAUUCGUACUAUACUUGAGGAACAAAUGGGGCAUGCCAACGAUCUCGAGAGUUACAUCAAAUCUAAUCUUCGAAUCAAAGACAGAGCGCUACUAGCAGAGCUCCAAGGAAAAAUGCUUGCGAAGGCAGCGGGGGUAUUCCUCUGGGUUGUUCUUGUGGUCGACAUUAUGAACAAAGAGAAUUGCCGAGGGCGCCUGGCCAUGAGAAGACGACUCGAACAGGUGCCCAGUGGCUUGAGUGAUCUGUUCAAGGACCUGCUUAAAAGAGACAAUAGCAAUAUGGAGGAACUCCAAUUGUCUCUUCUUUGGAUUUUACUCAGCGGACGACCGCUAAAGCCAGACGAAUACUAUCACGCGAUCUGGUCUGGGCUGUACCUGGAGGGACUAGCAGACCUUGAAAUACCCGAAGUUGACACGGAGGACGGUGAAGAGUGUUUUUCCCGCUGUGUUAUCAGUUCAUCUAAGGGUUUGGCCGAGAUUACAAAAGUCAAGCAGUCAAGGGUUCAAUUCAUACACGAGUCUGUUCGCGACUUCCUCAUCAAGGAUAAAGGACUUCAAGAGCUAUGGCCAGAACUCGGACCAGACUGGGAGAGUGUAGGCCAUGAGAGGUUGAAAAUGUGCUGCUAUUCGUACUUCGAACGCGUUGUAGAGAAUAAACAGCUCAAAAUCCUCGACUAUAUUGCUAUCAAGCAUACCGUUUCAAUGGGGGCUCAGACAUACCCUUUCCUUCGGUAUGCCAGCCAGUUCGUUCUCCACCACGCUGACUUUGCAUCAAAUAUUGUCGACCAGCUAUCGUUUCUGGAAAACUUUCCAACUACUCCCUGGAAGCGUGUUGUCAAUCCGUUUCAGAUCCACUCUGUCCGUAGAUAUAGCCUAGCUGCUGGGUUAUUGUACAUUCUUGCGGACCGAGGGCAUUCAUCACUGAUACGGACAAGACUAGAGAAUGAUACCACUUUCAACAUACCUUCGGUAGAAGACAGAUAUGUAUAUCCACUCAUAGCUGCCAUGGCCAAAGGGGACAAGGCCAGCGUUCUUGCUCUUCUGCGUUUACCCUCCGCGAUUUAUGAAGGGAUGGAUAUUACAAAAGGGCUAUUGCCUAACAUAGAUGCUGGCGGCGUCGGCCGAACCCCACUUUCUUGGGCCUGCGAGAAUGGCCACCUCGGAAUCGCAAGGGUUCUUGUUGAGAGAGAUGAUCAACCCAUAGAUGUCGGCGGAUCGGCGCCCUCACCCCUGAUGCGUGCGUCGAAAAAUGGUCAGAUCGAGAUAGCGAAAUGGCUACUAAGUCACGAUGCAGAUAUUCACCAAGAAUAUAGGAAAGAAAGUGCCAUUUGCCUUGCAUCAAGUAAUGGCCAUGUGGAGAUAGUUGAGCUCCUGCUCGACGCAGGGGCAAAUGUUAAUACACGUGGCGUUCAGGGCACGCCUAUAAUAUCCCUAGCUGCUGAAAAAGGGCGUGAGAAGGUGGUGAAGCUCCUUUUGGAGAGAAAGGCGAAUGUUCAGGCAACGAACAAUCGAAAAAUGACACCUCUACAUUGUGCUGCACAAAACGAAGGAUCCAAGGCAACAAUGCACGUACUUCUAAGCUACGGAGAAGAUCUCGAUGCCAGGGAUAAUAAAGGCCAGACACCGCUCAUCGUUGCCGUGAGGCGCGCCUCUAUUAAUCAGGUAAGGUUCUUGAUUGGACAGGGAGCGGAUGUAACAGCUCAAGACGCAAUGGGUGAGACUUGUCUACACAAAACAAUGAGGAGAGGCAAAUUUGCAUCGGAGAUUGUCCAAUUGCUCGUGGAGAAUGGGGCAAGGGCCGAUGCUCGCAACAAAUGGGGCGAAACGUGCCUCCACGCUCUUGCACGUCGAAGGGCAGUGAUCCCUUCCAUCGGCGAUAUAAUUCAACUGGUCACUAGCCGCGGGGCCUGCAUCAAUGCCAAAGACGAUGAUGGAAACACACCUUUGUAUCUUGCGACAAAAUAUGCUACCGUGGAGGCACUGUCAAAGUUCGCCGGCCAACCUGGUCUGGACCUCAAUGCUCGCAAUCACCGAGGCAAGACGCCACUGCACCUUGCAGCUACACUUCGUGGGCAGGGAGUGGUUGAGCUCGACAUACUAAUUAGGAAAGGGGCGGAUAUUAAUGCUCUGGAUAAUGAGUCAAGAACGCCGCUUGAUGAUGCAACAGAAAGAGGUUACAAGCGAUCCAUUCAGUUCCUGAUAGAGAAUGGAGGAAAGCGAGGUGUUACAGAGAGUUUAUUGUUAUAG